AUGUUUGAUGCCUUUCUCGGGAAGAAGUUCACGGUGAAAUGGUAAGCCUUAGUCUCCGAGUCUCUUCUGCUGCAUAUGGAUCAUUGCUCUCCUCCUCUGGCCUUCCCCGGUUUCCUUAUUUUUCCUCUUUUCGAUUAUGGUUCUUGUUUUCGACGGGGCGGAACUCGUUGAUUAUCGUUCCAUCUUCCACCUCCUUCUUCCGUAUGACGUGUGUCGGCAGCGUGAGUGCGCGUGCGGAUGGAUUUCUCGAAAUUCAGCUUCUGUUUUCUCUUUUCGCCAACUUUUUCUCCCUCACUUUAUCGGUAUCAUCUCUCAAUUCGCGUUUCUAACCACGAGCUCAUUCCAUGGAGUUGUCCUUGUUCCUCUUUAUUUUUAAUCGACUGAUUUUUCUUGGUAUAUUCAUUCGCUUAAGCCAGAGUAGAACCAGAUGGAUUUAUAUUUUUUUUCCGGUUUUUCUCUGGGUCUUGUCUUUGUAUCUGCUAUGUUAGCGCUGCAUGCGUGAGAGUUUCGUGCUAAUCCGCCUGCUAAUGAUGGACGCAGCAAGCACGCGAUCAAGUGCAUCAAUGAGAGGUUGAAGCCCAUACGCAACAGGAAGCAGGCUGUGGUCAACAUCCUGAAGAAGGACAUCGCCGAUCUCCUCCGCAACGGCAGUGACAGCCGUGCCUUCAGCCGGGUGACUCUAUGACCGAUUCAAUGAGUUUUCCUUCCGCAUGUCCGAAGUUUAGGCUGAAAAGGAUGCAUGAAUCAGUUGAGUCAGUGGUCAUGCUACUCUUGUGAAUCUGAGGCGUAUCCUUCUUCCGUGUCCUAGAUGAAUACUUGUUCUUGGAUUCUUGGGUUCUUGGUUCCGUGGGUUAGUUGGUGAGGACAUGAAUGAUCCUAUCUUGAACGGGUAGUUUCUUCCAUUUCUUUUCUAUUUUUAGCGAUCGUCUGAUGCUAUCCAAGAUAGUUUUUAAUCUUCGCUGUCCAUCUGUUUGCCUUUGAGGUUUCCUGCGCCACCAGUCGUCCCACGUUAAUAAUCUCUGGUGUUAAUGCUGCUUCAGUUUUUAGUCAACUUAUUGGAUGAAUCUACCAGUGAUCAUGUUGCCAUCUGGGGGGAUUGCUAAUUCAGGCUAUCCAAAACUGCCUUGCCCUGAAAAACAUGGACAUAAUAUUCUAUCAUGAUUUCGUUUUCUUAUACAAGUAUCUGACAGAUAUUUAAAUUCUAUUGUGUUUGAUCAGAUGGAUGAACUUAUCAUCGAGAUGAACCGCUUAGCGUGCUACGAUAUCAUAGAGAACUUCUGCCAGUGUCUCUAUAAGCAGCUUCCAUUGCUUCAGAAGCAGAGGUAGGCUCGGAAGAAGAAGUCUUUGGUUGGAGAGAACUGACAUCUAGUGACUUGUGCUACAAAUAUUCUUAUUUUGUGUUUGCAUUCUUCUUUUGUUUUCAGAUUAUUUUUGUGUCAGACAGGGAUGAGGCGUGGUUGACUUUUAGAUUCUAGUAAUGGGUCUUGAUGUUCUUCUGUUCGUGACCAUCACAGGGAAUGCCCACCGGAGGAUAUGGAAUCUGUGUCCACGUUGAUUUUCGCUGCCGCCAGGUUCUCAGAUUUGCCAGAAUUAUGCAAUCUGAGGACUGUGUUCAUGAUGCGUUAUGGGAAUCCCCUGGAAGGAUUUGUAAACCCAGAGGUACAAAAGUCAUAUUGCCGCCAUUGAGGUUGACUUAGGGUGGGGGUUGACUUGCAUGGGUUGGGUGUCUGACUAAAAGUGUAACUUUUUUUUUGCCGCCAGUUUAAAGACAAAGCAGCGGCAAAGUCUUUUCCUCCCGCCAAGAAGCUUCAGCUGAUGAAGGACAUCGCAUGCGAGUUCAAUGUCAACUGGGAUUCUGCUUCUUUCAACCAUGAGAAUCCCGCUGCAUCUUAUUGCGUAAGUGCCUCGGCUCAUCUUUGAAAUCUUCGGUCAUUCCGUCAAAGUCAAACUCAUGAUUACCCCCGCGAGUUUUUCCUUUUAUCCUCCCUUGUGCUUGUGCUAUUUCUUUCCUGAAAAACUGAGGGUGAUCUUCGGUCAACGCUUCAGAAGCGACACAAGAAGGGGCAUCCUCCGGCUGUUAGGGAAGACGCUACCUCCAUGGGCAGAGACCAAGAACCGGUGAGGAAGCCGAAGAAGGUUUGGGCCGCUGAACCAGAAAAUGUGACGCCACCACCGCCCAUUGCUUCUCCUCUUCCUCGUGAAAAUAUCAAGCAUGAGGAGACGAAGAGGGUGGCGGCGCCCUUCAGAGCUCGGGAAGAGAGGAACCCACAAGUCAACGACGGCGGCGGGCUGGUGGUUAAUCAGCCCAAACCCAAGGAGGACGCCGUCGCCGCCGCCGCCCCCGCCGCCGCCAGAAGUAGAGUCCGCCCCUUGUUCUCCCCGGAGACGUCGAAUGGUGGCGACAGCACCGCCGUUGGCAGGAGGUCAACGAGGUCUUAUGCGAAGGUCAACGCAAUUGAUGAAGAGAAAGUCAGCGACAGGGAUGGACCUCGCAUCUAUUCAAAGGUGCCGACAUGGAGACAGGAGGGAGGUCUACAGGACCCACAAGCUGCCAAGCAUGAAGGCCGGAAUGCAGGUGGCGCCGCUAAGGAGAGGGCGCCGGUCGGCCUCACAGGGGCGACAGCGACGGCGCCGCCACCGCAGAGGGCUGUUAAAGAGAGGACUUUGCACUCAAUUCCUCCUCCGUAUGUGAAGACCGUAGUCGGGCCCAAGGCCGAGCGCCACCAGCCUCCCAGCCCGCCGCCGGAGAAGCCGGGCAGGAAGGAAGACGAAGACGAAAAAGAAGAACCUCGUGCAGUCUACGGCGAGAGGCCUAAGCCGAGGUCAAUGAGGAGAAAGCCGCCACCGCCGGUCGUCGCUGCCGCCGGGGAGGAGGCGACGCCGCCGCGGCGCCACCACGAGCGGCGGAGGAUCAUCGUCGGUGACGGAGAAGGCCUCGACGAAGAGGAGAACGUGGAGCAGCUGCUGAUCCACUACAGCAGGAAGGAUAAGGGGAAGGAGCCGAUGGGACCCGCUUGGACUCGGCCCGACUCACCGAGUCUCCCCGAGUCUGACGAACUCGCCGCCAGGUUCGCCGGGCUCAAGGCUGGUGGUGCCUGGGGGUAG